UUCCAACCACUGCUUUCUUCACAACAAUACACUCAACAAAGAAUGUUGCAUUAUGGGUGAAGUGCAAAAGGGUUUGUUGUCACUUGUAGAAGGGCUAAAAAAGGUAGAUCACCUAGAUGAAAAUGGUAUAAGAAUUGUACUACUAGGCCUGGACAAUGCUGGAAAGACAACCAUCCUGACUAGACUGGCCUUGGAGGAGGUCAGCAAUAUAACCCCAACACAGGGCUUCAAUAUCAAAAGUGUCCAGUCUCAAGGGUUGAAACUAACAGUCUGGGACAUUGGAGGUCAAAGGACAAUUCGCACACACUGGAAAAAAUAUCUUGGAAGCACUGAUUUACUGAUCUAUGUAGUGGACAGCGCAGACCGUAAACGAUUUGAAGAAACAGGGCAGGAGCUGGCAGAACUGAUAGAAGAGGACAGUCUAAUUGGCGUCCCUCUGCUGGUGUUUGCCAAUAAACAAGACUUACUCACUGCUGCCCCAGCAUCAGACAUCGCUACUGGGCUGAACCUGCACACUUACCGAGACCGCACAUGGCAGAUACAAGCCUGCUCAGCACUCUCAGGUGAAGGGAUCCAGGAUGGAAUGAACUGGAUAUGUCAAAACAUCACUGCAAAGAAAAAGUGAAAAACCUAACAAAAGAAAGAAACAUGGAAGAGGAAUCACCUAACGUAUUAUUCAUAACCCGUAUAUUGCAUACAAAUGUUAUAACAGGAUUGGUAAAAAUGUGACUAUUGCUAUGUUGGAAUGCAAUAAAAAAACACUUGUACCUUAUUAUUACAUCACAUUUUAUGUCCAUGUUACUCCAGUAGUCAAUGCUGCUUAUCUACCUUCAUGUUUCAUGACAAUUGUUUGUCAUUGUUUGCUCUAUGAGAAGAAAGUUUGUGCUGAAGUCUUAAAGAUUGUUUUUAUGCAUAACAAAAAUAAAAGACACAGUAUAUCUCAUCAUAUAAAUAUUAAGCAC